AAAAAAUAAUUCGUCGAUGAAGUAAAUUUGUGUGGGGCUUGUGGAUUGUAGGAUUGUGGAGUGGAUUGUGGAUCUGUAAUUAUUAGUGAAUCCAAGAUGGUGCUGGAGAGUACUAUGAUAUGUGUCGACAACAGCGAUUACAUGAGAAAUGGUGAUUUUCUACCGACCCGUCUGCAAGCUCAACAAGACGCUGUUAAUUUGGUGUGUCAUUCAAAGACUCGAGCCAAUCCAGAGAACAACGUUGGCCUGAUAACCCUGGCGAAGUGUGACUCUUCUUCCAGUGUGGAGGUAUUAGCGACAUUGACUAGUGAUGUUGGCAGAAUUCUGUCAAAAUUACAUCAGAUUCAACCAAAUGGCAAUCUUAGUCUCAUCACAGGAAUAAGAAUUGCGCAUUUGGCUCUUAAACAUCGUCAGGGAAAGAAUCACAAGAUGCGAAUAGUAGCGUUCGUUGGAAGUCCAAUCGAACUGGAUGAGAAAGAAUUUGUUAAACUGGCGAAACGUCUAAAAAAGGAGAAAGUAAAUGUUGACAUAAUCAGUUUGGGUGAGGAGUCUGUGAAUAACGACUUGUUGACGGUAUUUAUCAACGCUCUGAAUGGAAAAGAUGGAACUGGAAGUCAUCUUGUAACUGUACCACCGGGACCCCAUUUAUCCGAAGCUUUGAUUUCAUCACCAAUUAUACAAGGGGAAGAUGGCAUGGGAGCAGCUGGAAUGGGAGGGGCAGCUUUUGAAUUUGGUGUGGAUCCUAAUGAAGAUCCCGAACUUGCAUUGGCACUUCGAGUUUCGAUGGAGGAACAGAGGCAGAGACAAGAAGAUGAGGCACGACGAGCCCAAGCUACCGAAGCAGCGCCAGCAAAACCGGAAACAAUCAAAGAAGCACCGAACGAGGAAGCUAUGCUCAAACGUGCUCUGGCAAUGUCCCUCGGAGGAGCUGAAGAAACCGUGGAAGUACCAGAAGUUACUCCUCCCAGUACCACUGCAAAUGUGCCUGAUUUUGCUCUCAUGACGGAGGAGGAACAAAUUGCAUUCGCCAUGCAGAUGUCGAUGCAAGAUCAACAGGACUUCGAAACGCACAGAGAAGAAGCGAUGGAAGUUGAGGACGAUUAUUCAGCCGUCAUGUCCGAUCCUUCAUUCCUUCAGACAGUUUUAGAGAACUUACCUGGCGUUGAUCCUCAGUCCGAAGCCGUCCGCGAAGCCGUCAGUUCCCUGCAACAAAACAAGGACAAAGGCCAAGACAAGGAGAAAGAGAAGAAGUGAAUUGAGCCAGCUUAUCGCCUUUAGCGUGUCAUUUUUUCUUUCCUUUGAAAAAAAAAAUUACAUUUAAAUAUCAUUUGAUACAAUGAGUGAUUACUCUGUAUAAUCAUCGUGGAUAAUCACGCUGCUUAUAUAUUGAAUAAAUAAUCGAUACUGUCAUAAAA